UUAAAAAGAUGAAGCCUCUCCCGCACUUGAGAUCCACCAUUCUCUUUUCAUCUUUUGCUUCCUUGUCAAAGUUUUCUUCCAUUGUGACCCCACCCCUGCCCCAUAAAAGACCAUAAAGUUCAUCCUCCAUCUUACAAAGAUACUCCCAGCUCUUGGAGAAAAUUACACAAAAGAGACAGAGAGCAGUGUCUAUAUUCUCCAACUCAAUUCAGCCCUCACAAAACAGGGAGUUUUGAUGGGCAAAUAUAAGUUCAAGUUGUCAGACAUGAUUCCAAAUGCCUGGUUUUACAAGCUCAAAUACUCUACCAGGACAACCAAGAGCCCAAACUCCAUGCAAAAACUCAAGAAAAAUAAUCAUGCCAAAACCAAGUCUCCAGCAUACUACUCAUCAUUAUCAUCAUCUUCUGGAGGGGCUGCGGCCGCAUCGCAAAGAAAGUCUUACCAUAUCACAAGAGACCUUCCACCAACUCCAGAUAAAAAUUCGGCUUCUCAACAUUCAGACUCACCAAGAAGGUCAUCAAGAAAGAGAGGCAGUAACAGGAAGAAGAGGCGAUCAAUCAGAUCAACAUCCCCGAGGCUCCUUUUAAGCGCCCCAGUUUCUACUGAUUGUAGCUGCAGAGCCAGCCAUGAGGAUUGCCAGAAUGAUCCUCUUGUCGAAAGCAGCUAUUCUGAGGAUGAUUAUUCUGUUUUUCCUGAAUUGUGGUCAGAAAAGGAAGACAAGCCAUUUCAUAAAAUGGUGUCUUCUUGUCACUGCAGAGCCAAAAGUGACAUUCCCAUUGGCAUGACGAUGAGCAAAGAUUCUAAAUGUGAAAACUUUGAUCCAAUUCUGCAGUUUGAGCUCAAGCCCAUUAUUACCAAGAUCAACAAAGUUAAGAAAAAUGAUGAAGAAGUGUCCAAGAUCAGGAUGAUCUCAGCUACAAAUGAUGAAAGCAUUUCACACUCUUUUUACAAAGAGCAAAAGAGUGUAAAUUCUGUUAAAAAGUUGUCAUUCAAUACUAACUCGACAGGUGUGAAACUGAAGACUGAUUCUCCAAGAACAGCAAGCAAAAGAUUUCUUCAAGGCCAUCACCGAAAAAGUGCAUCACUUGGCGGAGCAAGGAGGAGCUUGGCGGAGAGUUUUGCAGUUGUGAAGACAACUCAAGACCCUCACAAAGAUUUUAAGGAUUCAAUGAUGGAGAUGAUAACUGAGAACAAUAUAAGAACAACAAAAGACUUGGAAGAUCUUCUUGCAUGUUAUCUAUCACUCAAUUCUGAUCAAUAUCAUGGCCUCAUCAUCAAAGCAUUCAAGCAAGUAUGGUUUGAGAUUGCUGAUAUGAAGCAUAUAACCAGAGAUUCUUAGAUAUAUCUAGGUAUAAGAAUAAGAGUCUUUGCUUAAGGCUUCUUCAUGUUCACUUAAUCAGUAUCUGAGGUUUCAGCUUUUCUGUAAAAUUGUACAUAAAAUCUUCAACUGUAAUUAUAAUAAAACUAUGCAGUUAAAGA